AGAAUAGUUGGACAUUAAAACGCAGUUCAUAUCAUUUUUGUUUACUUGUGGUAUGUUAAUACGGAAGCGUGACCUACCGAUAAUGUUUGUAAUCUGUAUCUGGACAGCUUGAAUUGGAGUAUUUUCGUUCUUUCUAUAUGAAACUGGUCGAGGAAUAUUCAUUGACUUGGAGAAUGAUAAUCUAAAAACAAUAACAUACCAUGGCUAGGCUUGUGGUGAAGAUGCUGGUUUGUUUCACCUUGGUUAGUGUUUCGAGGUCAACAUCCGUACAGAAUGAUGAAGCACCUAAAGCAGCGGGCAUUAGAAACAUCGGUGUUCAACAGCGACAUAAUAGCCUGCAAGGCGGUAGAGACGAUAAUGGUUUAAAAUCCGGAUACAUCCAAGAUCAAUCGCUUUUAGAUAACGGAGAAUAUUUUCGUAAUCAGCAUCGACAUAAGAAUACAAAGCAUCAGAAUACUUUAUGGAAAUACCACAAAGUUCCUGAAAAUGCAAAACAUUUAAGCCAACACGGCGACGUCACAAAAGAACGAAUUGUAAAUAAUUAUGUCAGUUUAUCUGGUCAACCCAUAUUAUACAAACUGAACAAAAAGAAAUCGUCAAGUGAAGAUCUUUUAACAGGGGUUCGGGAUACUGCCCAAGGCCACAGUCGUAAUAGAGGCAGACAUAGACACGAUCAUGGGAGAGGGGAUUCCAAAGACACAAUAGCGUCGUCACGAUCUCGUGGGAGAAAGCACAGAAUAGCGUCACAAUCUCGUACAAUAGAGGAUUCCCCGACAUCAGCAGAUGAACUCUUGGACAGUAGACGCAUAGGUCGCGGUGGACCCCGGAGAGUUAUCCAGAUACUGAAUGUUACGAAACUGGAUCAGCCCGAAUCACACGACAGGAAUUCGGAAAAUAUCAUAAACUGGAUAAAUCCUACUGUUACACAAACCCCAGCAAUUGAUGACAAAAGGAGAAUUCAAAAUGAAGAAAGGGUAGAUCCACGACGCGCUCAGACUAGAACAGAUCCCAGACGAAUAACAAAUAGGGAAGAUCCAACACGAACAGGAAACAGAGAUGAUCCAAGACACACUGGAAACACAUAUGGUCCAAGACGAACCGAAAAUAGACAGGAUCCCAGACGAAACGACAAUAGAGUGGAUCCGAGGAGAACAGAUCCCAGACGAAUAGAAAAUAGAGUGGAUCCGAGGAGAACAGAUCCCAGACGAAUAGAAAAUAGGGAAGAUCCAACACGGACAGGAAACAGAGAUGAUCCAAGACGUACUGGAAACACAUAUGAUCCAAGACGAACAGAAAACAGACAGGAUCCCAGACGAACCAAAAAUAGAGUGGAUCCAAGACGAAAUCAGACUAGAGCAGUCCCCAGGCGAAUAGAAAAUAGAGAAGAUCCUAGACGAACAGAACACAUACAAGAUCCAAGACGAACAGAACACAUACAAGAUCCUAGACGAACAGAACACAUACAAGAUCCUAGACGAACCGAACACAUACAAGAUCCUAGACGAACAGAACACAUACAAGAUCCUAGACGAACCGAAAAUAGAGAAGAUCCCAGACGAACAGAACAUAGAGUUGACCCAAGACGAACAGAAAAUAGACAAAAUUCUAGGCGAACGGAAAAUAGAGUGGACACAAGACGAACAGACAAUAGAGUUGACCCAAGACGAACAGACAAUAGAGUUGACCCAAGACGAAUAGAAAAUAGAGAAGAUCCACGAACAGAGAUAAGAGUGGGCUCAAGAAGAACAGAUCCCAGACGAACUGAAAAUAGAGAGGACCCAAGGCGAACAGAUCUCAGACGAACAGAAAACAGAGUGGAUCCUAGACGAUCACAUCCCAGGCGAUACGAUUCAAGACGAAUAGAGAGUGCAGUAGACCUUAGAAAAACAUUGGGUAGAGUGGACCCAAGACUAAAUGAAGAUAGACUGGAUCCGAGACGACCAGAAAACAGACAGGACCCUAGACGAACAGAAAACAGGCAGGAUCCUAGCCGAUCACAUCCCAAACGAUAUGAUUCAAGACGAACAGAGAGUGAAGUAGACUUUAGACAAACUUUGGGUAGAGUGGACCCAAGAGUAAAUGAAGAUAGACUGGAUCCGAGACGAUCAGAAAACAGGCAUGAUAUUAGACGAACAGAAAACAGAGUGGAUCCGAGACGAACAGAAAACAGAGUGGAUCCUAGACGAACAGAAAACAGAGUGGAUCCCAGACGAACAGAAAACGGGCAGGAUCCCAGACGAACAGAAAACAGGCAGGAUCCCAGACGAACAGAAAACAGAGUGGAUCCUAGACGAACAGAAAACAGAGUUGACCCAAGACGAACAGACAACAGGGCGAAUCCAAGACGAACAGAAAACAGAGUGGACCCAAGACGAACAGAAAACAGAGUUGACCCAAGACAAACAGCAAAUAGAGUAGACCAAAGACGAACAGCUCCAAGACGAAUUGAAAAUAGAGUGGACCCAAGACAAACAGAGUCCAGACGAAACGAUUCAAGACGAACAGCCCCAAGACGAACGGAAAAUAGAGUGGACCCAAAACCAACAACAAAUAGAGUUGACCCAAGACUAACAGAAAGUAGAGUGGACCCAAGACGAAUUGGAGAUAGGCAGGAUCCCAGACGAUCAGAAAACAGACAGGAUCCUAGACGAUUAGAAAACAGACAAGAUUCUAGACGAAAUGAAGAUAGACAGGAUCCUAGACGAACAGAAAUCAGACAGGAUCGCAGACGAACAGAAAACAGACAGGAUCCUAGAUGGACAGAAAACAGACAAGAUCCUAGACGAACAGAAAACAGGCAGGAUCCCAGACGAACAGAAAACAGACAGGAUCGCAGACGAACAGAAAACAGACAGGAUCCUAGACGAACAGAAAACAGACAAGAUCCUAGACGAACAGAAAACAGGCAGGAUCCCAGACGAACCGAAAACAGACAGGAUUCUAGACGAACCGAAAACAGAGUAGAUCCUAGACGCAUAGAAAACAGACAGGAUCCUAGAAGAAUUGAAAACAGACAGGAUUCUAGACGAACUGAAAACAGAGUAGAUCCUAGACGCAUAGAAAACAGUCAGGAUCCUAGAAGAAUUGAAAACAGAGUGGAUACUAGAAAAACUGAAAACAGACAGGAUCCUAGAAAAACUGAAAACAGACAAGAUCCUAGACGAACAGAAAACAGGCAGGAUCCCAGACGAAUAGAAAACAGACAGGAUCCUAGACGCACAGAACACAGACAGGAUCCCAGACGAAGAGAAAACGGGCAGGAUCCCAGACGAAUAGAAAACAAACAGGAUCCAAGACGAACAGAAAACAGACAGGAUCCUAGACGAAGAGACAGCAGACAGGAUCCCAGACGAACAGAAAACAGACAGGAUCCCAGACGAAGAGACAGCGGACAGGAUCCCAGACGAAUAGAAAACAGACAGGAUUCCAGACGAACAGAAAACAGGCAAGAUUCCACACGAACAGAAAACAGACAGGAUCCCAGACGAAGAGAAAACAUGCAGAAUCCCAGACGAACAGAAAACAGGCAGGAUCCCAGACGAACUGGUCCAAGGCGAACAGAAAAUAGAGUUGACCCAAGACGAAUAGAAAAUAGAAUUGAACCAAGACAAACAGAAAAUAGAGAAGAUCCUAGAAGAGGUGGUGUCAGUAGGAAUUCUAGGCGAACCCAGACAAUAAGUGGACGUGGGCAAGUGCAGGACUAUGAUGGAACAGAUCACGGAAGAACUCAAAGUAGAGAUAGGGUAGAUUCUGGGAGAGCUGAAAGUGUGAGUGAUAGAGAUGGCAGGAUAGUCCGUGAUAGAAAUAGAGAUCGAGUAGACGACACCGUUUCAAGAAGAACUCAAAGUAUCGACGGGACGGAUCCAAGAAGAACUCAUAGUAUCGACAGGCCGGAUCCCAGAAGAAAUCAAAGUAGUAGCCGCAUUGAUGAGAAUAGAGUAGAUCGUAGACGGCAAACUGGUUAUGUUUAUGGUACUAUACCUGGAGGUCCUUUAGGCAUACGUAGAAAUGUAUCUGGACCUGGAGGUGCUAUACCGGGAGGUGUUUUAUAUGAUGCUAUACCCGGAGGUCCUUUAAACGUACGUGGUACUGUACCUGGACCUGGAGGUGCUAUAACCGGAGGUGUUUUAUAUGGUGCUAUACCUCAAGGUCCGCGUGGUGCCAUACCAGGGGGGUCUUUGUCUGGACCUGGGGGUCCGUUAUCUGGUGCGAUACCUGGAGGUCCGUUAUCUGGUGCUAUACCUGGGGGUCCCUUGGGAUCACAGAGAUCAUAUAUUUCACAAUCUUAUGUUAUCAGUCGUGUGUAUAAAAAUGGGCGUGGUCGACCAAUAGAAACAAUUAUAGUGGAUCGAAAUGGGCGUGGUGUUAUCAUUGGAGGUAGUUUAGAUAGGAGGGCAAGACGAGGCCUAUAAAUAUAUCAAGUUAAUAAAUCAAUCUAUUUCCGGAAAGAUGGAUGAUAGGCAUUAUAAUUGGUUCUGACACGUCUUGAUAUUUUGGAGUAGCGUUUUUUUAUAGAUGAACUGGUUCGCAAGAGAUCGUUAAGUUCAAAUAGGUCUGGGUACCUCAAAGUUCAAGGUCUGACAAGAUAUAAUCGUUCGCAUUAAUUUUAUGAAACGGUUUCAGUAUGACGAAUUCAACAGUUAGAUCAGGUGUCUCGUGAUAUUGUGAAAACAGGUUAUUGUUCUGAAAGGUGUUCAAAUUGUGUUAAUGAUUCAAUCAGCCCAACUUGCCCAAUUCCGUCUUUCCAAAUUCAAGGGCAGACAAUUUACGGAAACGGACAUCUUGUUUUGAAAGAUUGAGUCGAUUCGUAAUGGAAUAAUGUAGAUGUAUAAUGAAGUUGUCAAACAGACAUAUUGUACCACGUGUGAAACGUUAUUGAUAUUGAUUGAUACAAUACUUAUUGAAUUAUUCCACUUGAAAAUAGUGGACUCUUUUUUUUCUGGAAUAAUGUAUAUAAGACAAAUAACAGGGAACCUCGCUGUGUAUUCUGGAUAGCACAUAUCAAAAAUAAAGACGUUUUAAUGAAGACGUAAUAAUGCUCUCAGA